AUGCCCAGACAACGGGAGGAGUUGAUCGACUUUUCGAUCCUCGAGGACUCAAAGGAGAACAUCCAAUCACUACCAGGAGGUCGCAGCGCAAAGCAACUAGCUGCUAUACUGUCGCCUGUCGCUUCUAUCGGCGGGCUCAAAGCCCCAACACCGGAAGACACAAAGACAUUGAACGAUGCGAUCCGACAAGAGUAUGAGAAAGAGCUGCAGUCGAUUGCUGACAAGGACGACCCGCUCGAUGUGUACGAUCGCUACGUGAGGUGGGCUCUCGGAGCAUAUACCUCAGUUCAGGCGACGAAAGAGUCACAGCUGUUGCCUCUGCUUGAACGCGCAACCAAAGCCUUCUUGACAGCGACACAUUACAAGAAUGAUCCUCGGUACCUGAGACUGUGGCUCAACUACAUCAAAUACUUCUCCGACUCACCGAGAGAGACCUUCUCGUUCCUUGCGCGGCAUAGCAUUGGCGAGACUCUCAGCCUCUUUUACGAGGAGUUCGCCGCUUGGUUCGAGAUCAACGAUAGAUGGAGUCAGGCAGAGGAAGUCUACAGACUUGGCUUAGAAAAGGGUGCCUGGCCAACCGAGCGUCUCGAGAGGAAGUAUGAGCAGUUUCGAAAAAGACUGGAAGCUCGGCCACAGGAUGCAAAUGAGCCAAGUUCACCGGCAGUUCCUCGUGUGAGGGCGGCUCUGGCUGCUAAAGUCGACCCUUUCGCGCCAUCGCCGGCUGAGAAUCCUCAAGGCAGCACGCAGCAGACUACACAGUCAAGACAGACGACUUCAAGGUCAGGCAAGCCGAAGAUGGCAAUCUUUGCGGAUACAGGCAGCGAAGCUCCAGUAGCACAGGGUCCCUCGCAAGGAUGGGAUAGCAUUGGGUCAAUGAGAGAUAGACGGAAGGAAAACACGAUUGAAGCUAAGCCAUGGACGGGCGAAAAGUUGCAAGCUGGCGGUCGCGUCGGCACAGCUCCAAAGAUGGAGAUUUUCAAAGAUCCGUCAAUACGCAAACAUGACUUACAAAAGCCACCUCCGUCCAAGAUCCCAGAUGUCGUCAACCCCAAAACUGGUAGGGUCGAGCGCGUGUUCGUCGCCAUCGAGGCAGUUUAUCCUGCCUUUCCAGAUGAGUCUGUCGAAUACAGCUUUGAAGAACUCCGCGCUCUGCGUCGUGGUUGGAUGUGCCACAAUCAUGCUUCGGGUCAGCGUGCCCUUAGCUCUGUCUCAGGCAAUGCUACCAAGACGCGUCGCGGUGAAGCACCUCGGUCACAAUCUCAGACUGACGCCGAGAAUUUUACACAAGACUCUAGAGAUGCGUCGCUAGUCGACACCUCAACGCAGUCAAUGGUGGGUAUGCCAGAGGGGAAGUCAGCCAGACCUCGUCGAACAAAGGUGCGCGAGGUUCGGCAGGAGACUCAGACUGUGAAGACAAGACUUGAAUCACCAACCGGGAAGAAAUUGAAGCGCAAGGGAUCCGCAGAACCUACCAUGACCUUCCAUAGCAAGGCUGCAACAAACGAAAUCUACGAUAUGUUCAACGAAUCAUCGAAGCCAGCCGACAACGACGACACCCAGAGCGGCAACGAGACAGACUACGACGACGACACGUACAGCACAGCUGGUGAAAGUACAGGUACCGGCCGAAUAUCCACAGCCACAAGCGAGUUUGGUGACGAGACGCUGGCACGAGUCGCUGCAGGUGGCUCACUUGACAACGCUACUCAAAGUAGCCAGCCCACUAGUGUCUCUCCUUGGUCGGAGUUUACGACCAGCAAACACGUGCCGAAAGUUGUAAGAGGCUCAAAAUUGCACAAACACUCAACAAGCGACGACCUCACAGACCAGCUUGACAGUCAGAAUCAGACACAAACCUCUGGCAUGGAUUCGUUUGACACACAAGCAAUUGAAGCAAUCGCCAAUCAAAACUUUGAUGAAAUGAAGACGCAAGACAUUGCUCGACUUGCUGGCGGCAUGCCCCUUGAUGAAGAUGAGGAGGAGGCGGACAUGGCUGAACAGCUUGAGAACAGCGACGGCCAACCCUUUGAUGCUUUGACUACUCCGGUAGAAAGCGACAACCCAUUCGAGCAUCGUCUUGUCGAAAUCCAGCAAGAAUCUCGCUAUGUGCCAAUUGCUCCAGAAGACUAUGAGCCGACACCGCUACGACCAUACCGAGAUCCGACAGAGCUUGCACAGAACAAACUGCCCUUCAUGACACCUAUCGCAGAGCAGACGGAGAGCUCUAUCGGCAGCACUGCAUAUCGAAAGACCGAUUACUCCAAGACUCCUAGUCGCAAGCACGGAGCAAGUACCUUCGAGAGCCCGUCAAAGCUGCACCUGGAAGAGCUUGCGAUGAGUAGUCCUCAGCGCCCUUCAACAAGCGGCUCAGAUCGGCCAGACACACCCAAGCGGCGACUGGAGACUAUCGACGAUGAGGAAGAUUGGAUACCAGAGUCACCGGCGAAGAAACUACAGAGAUCACUUCUCGAUGAUGACGAAGGUGGUGUGCCACUCCCAAUUCCACCCACAGAGGACAAUGUUAUCAUCAGUCAGAUGCUGGUACAGAAAGCGCCAGCCCCUGAGCCAGCCAUACCUGCCAAACCCAUCAUCAACGACUCUCAGUGCAAUCCUAUUUCCGACGAGAUUCGCAACCUCAUCCUCUGCAGCCUCGUCACACCCAUCACAGACUACCCAGGCUACAGCGAGUCACCAGACGAGACAUUCGCACACCUCGAUGCCCUCAAGACCUUCACCAAAUCAAUCAAGAUCACAAGCAAGAGCCCUCGGAAAUCUAUGCCCGCCAACGGCAGACCCGAGCCUCGCCUGAACUUCAAGUCCUCCUCUCGCGUGUAUGCUGUUAAGCGAGAACUCGGCACCGGCGCGUAUGCAACCGCCUACCUCGCCUCUUCUACCGACAAGCAGAGCACCACCAGCACCGUCGAUCGACUCACCAGCACCACACCAACGUCUAGUCCACGUAAAUCCCUGUCCCUGUCCCGCUCCGUCUCACCACAGAUCGAUCCCAUCACCGGCCGCGCCGACCAGGAAGCGAUCAAGGCCGAAUCUACCGCCUCUUCCGGCCGCACAGUCCAAUUUGAAUUCCACAUCAUCCGGCUUGCACACUCUCGCCUCUUGUCGUCAAACCCUCGCGCGGCCCAAUCUAUCAUCACCGCCCACGAAUGCCACCUCUAUCGCGAUGAAUCCUAUCUGAUUCUCACGUACUCCCCUCAAGGCACCAUCCUGGAUCUCCUCAACGCCUCCAUGACCGACGCCGCGGCCCGGGGCAAGCCCUGCGACGGAGUCGGCCUGGAUGAGCCGCUGGCUAUGUUCUUCUGCGUCGAGGUUCUUCGCACAAUGGAAGCACUGCACUCAGUCGGCAUCCUCCACGGUGAUCUGAAAGCGGAUAAUUGUCUCGUGCGCUUUGAUCUCUCCAAAGACCUUACCGGUCCCUACAUAGCAACAGGCGACUCAAACUGGUCCGCCCGCGGCGUCACACUGAUCGAUUUUGGCCGCGGCAUCGACACGCGCUGUUUCCUCCCGUCGGCGAAGUUCAUCGCAGAUUGGGACCCCAGCGCUCAAGACUGUCCCGAAAUCCAAGAAGCGCGACCAUGGAAGUGGAGCCUUGACUUCUAUGGCGCCGCUGGCAUCGUCCACAGCUUGUUGUUCGGGAAGUACUUGUCCACCAUAACCGUGCCGGUCCUGACAGAGAACGAGAAUGGGAUCGAGGGGGAGAUGACGCUCGGCAUAAAAUCCCGCAAAGAAGUCAGAGUCAAGGAGAUGAUGAAGCGGUAUAUGAGCAAGGACGUGUGGAACGAAGUCUUUCACGUUCUGCUGAACAAGGGUAGUGAGGACGAUGAUGAGGUGCGCAUGGGUGAGCUGAAGCGUGUACGCGGACUCAUGGAAGACUGGCUUGAGACGGAGGGCGAGAAGCGGGAUCUCAGGGGCAAGGUGCGGAAAGCUGAGGCUUUGGUGCUGGCGCGAAAGUGA